UUGAUAGGUUUUUUGGCGCCGAUAUCGAGGAUUCUAGGGCGUCCCAGCCGGAAAGCCCUCGCAUGGAUGACUUCGACAUUGAACUGGACAUCAUGGAUAUGAUGAAUGACGACUCGCCUGUUAAGCUCAAGGCGAACGAAGUUGCAGGGUUCGUAGGCAGUGGCCAACCGGUCUUAAGGCGCUCGGGCUCGUUGACUCGGUCAACGAGUAGUCCGGUGCUGACGCAGACCACAAAAGCGAUGCCAACACUGCAGAAACCUCAAAAGCUGAACUUGCAGCCUCUAAAAGUCCCUAAUACCACCGUAGGAACUUCAACCAGUAUGUCGCCAGCUUUUGGAGAUAAUCCAUUCGCUCCGAAGCAAACAAUGUUUUCCAUAUCCUCUACAGCUUCUCCAUCCACGGCUUUCUGCCCUCCCAAACCACCAGCAAGCUCAGCACCAUUGUCCACGAAACAGGAUACUUCACAGAAGAAUCAGAAAGCACCAGUCAAUAUGCCUCAGAAUCAAAAACAUUGGGAUAGCAAAGACAGUUCAUCCCCAUCUCCUCAAAAUCUUGUUGGAGCUCAAAUCCCGCCUACUAUGAAUGGAACCAAGAAUAUUUAUCGAGCCAACAGCCUGGCUGCCUCAGCAGCAAACGCCAUCAAUAGCAGCGAUUCUGCGUCAUCAUUAAAUCAACACUCCACGACACACAACUAUAGAGUACCCGCGCCAUCAGCUGUGCAUCAAAGCAUGUAUCUCACUAACCCGGUUCAAGGCACCGGCUUGAAGCGACCAUUGGGCACGGGAAGGUAGUGACUGUUUCUUACAUGGUAACACCUUGCUCUUGUCUGUGGACUCAUUUUUCUUUGACGCUAAUCAUGGGCACUCCUCUUUUCUUAUGCUAAA